AUGUCUCCGCAGAAUCCCUCCGAGCCACCAACAGAGUCGGCGCGCCAGGAUGCCCGUCGAUGCCUCGACGAGAAAGAGAAAACCCUAGGCGACAUAGAGGCCCAGCUCGAGUCCACCCAGCAUCACCUCCAGCGAGUUGUGGCAGAGCUGAGGGCUGGCAUCGACCAACUCGAACUGGAGCGAUCCCAGCUCCAGCACGAAAUAGCGGAGGCCAAGUCCACGCUCGCCCCCGUUUGGAGACUGCCCAGGGAGUUGCUCCGGGAAAUAUUCCUCGUGCAAUGCGAGGAGGUCCCGGGUCAUGCCUGGAUCCGCCUCGUAACGGACGAAACCACCUCACCCGACGUUCUCCGCCUGUGGCUCGAACGCGCGGGCCCGACGAUUCCUCUAGACAUCGAGAUAUACCUUCGCGCACAGCGCACGCCUCUCGCACCGUAUCGCUCCCGCUCCCCGUCGCCCAUUCCGAGCUUUGCCCCCCCGCAAGCGGACCCAGCAGGUGCCGUAACAUACGUCCACGGUGCGGCAGGAGGGGGCCCCAUCCAAGUAAUUCCGAUACCGCAAGGGCCCGUUCAUCCGACACAUCCUGGGUCCCCGCCGCCGACGCCCUCCACAGCCCGCGGUCGCUCUCGCGGCCGCCACGAUGACCACUGGGGUCAUAUCGCCUUUUUCUACCUGGUGGAGCAGAUUCACCGCUGGGAGAGGUUCUUAUUCCGAUUCGACAAGCACUUUACCUCCAUCAGCGCGCUCAAGUCCAUCAAUAAGAAUGCACCGUUGUUGAAGGAAUUCGAGGUGUCGUGUGCCAACCCUGGGUUCUUCGGUGAUUGGACGUGGAUAGCGACAGAUAUCAACGCCCCCGUGAGGUUUACACGGCUGCAGGCGUUGACCUUGCAAUACAUCCCUUUCCAUUGGUCAUCCCCUAUCCUCAGGCACAACCUCACUUCGCUGAGCAUCCGCGCUCUGCCCAACCCGCUGAGUCUCGACCGGAUACUGGGCAUAAUCACAGCGAACCCGGCGCUCGAGAAACUUGCGCUUCAUUUCAACCAGGUACUCCCGCCAGUCUUGCCGCUGAACAUGGCCACGCUUGUCCAUCUGAAGGACCUGACGCUCGGCGGGCAUCAUCACUUCUCGAUCCUCGCUGACCACCUGAUUACGCCGUCCCUGACACGCCUCGCACUCGAUAUCGAAGCGCGCGACCCCAUUGAGGAUACCAUCACCAACCUGCUGGCGCGUUCGAACAACCCGCCGCUCACGCACUUUGCGCUCGCGUACGCAAACAGCGGGUCGUACUACUUCUCUGGCUCCAUCGUCAGCUGGGGUUUCCUUGCGGACCUGCCGUUCCUGAAGUCACUGAAGGUUGGUGGCGCGGCGUUCGAAACGUUCCUGAUGACACUCGCGAGUCCGGACGAAGACCACAAUAACCAGUGGAUAUGCCCCGGCCUCACCACGCUCGGGUUGAAGAGCUGUCACGGACACCAGGACGGCCUCGGGAAGCUCGUACAGCUGAUAGACGCGCGGAAUCCCGAGGGCGGCGGGGUCGGCCCCGUGCAUGCGGGUGUGAGCCCCGCGAGGCUGAAGAAGUUGGAGAUCCUUGAAUGCGUUCCUCUUGGGCAGGAUAUCGUGAGCUGGCUGAAGAGGCGCGUCGACAGGGUGAUCUGGGCGGAGCCGCCGUACGACAGGGCCAGUGGAGUUCAGGGAGAGUAUCUUGAUUACUGA